AUGGGUCCAUUUACCGUCUAUAUAUAUUUUGCGCUUGUCACAACUGUAAACCGUUAUCUUUUAUCCCCUAUAGUGGGCUUAGUCAACGAGACUGAAAGGCGAGAGGGUGAUUUUCGUCAACGUCAUAUGGAAGUAAGGACAAAUGUGGAGUCAAUUGCCUUUUAUCAGUCUGGACUUAUCGAAAACAUUAUGGCUAACCAGAAGUUGAAAGUUUUGUUGAAAACGAAGCAAAAACUUGUUGAAUGGCGUUUCGUUCUUGGUGUAGUUACUAACAUAUUUGAUUAUUUUGGAGGAACCUUAUCGUAUCUAAUCAUUGCAAUUCCUAUAUUCAUGACACAUACUUAUGAUUCACUAUCUGGUACUGAACUAAAUGGAGUGGUAUCAAUGAAUGCGUUCUUCUACCUCUAUCUGAUUUAUAGUUUUACGAACUUGAUCACACUUUCGGAAAAACUCGGAGACCUUGCUGGUGUUACUCACAGAGUCAUCGAAUUACUAGAGGAAUUAAGACGUUUGCAUUCCGACUGCCUUGAAACAGAUAGACCACCCUCUACUGUUCCGUCGAGCGUUGUUGUGAUCGGAAGCGAAGAAGAGGAAAAAGCUGUCACAAAUAAAGCGAUCGAAGAGUUACAUGGCAAACAGCUUUCUUUGGAGCGUGACUGCGAUGAUGAGGAGGAGGCUCAGUUUCUUUUGGGCAACACAAACGAUCGUGAUGAUGAGUGUCCUGACGACGGAGUGGCGAUGACGCUAGAUUCAGCGACUUUAGCGGCUCCUAACGAUGCGCACAACAUUAUAAUCGCCAAUCUUUCCUUGCAACUUAUCCAAGGGCAGAACGUGCUCAUUACUGGCGAUAGCGGCGUUGGCAAAACCUCUUUGCUAAGAUUGUUCGGUGGUUUGUGGAACAAUGUUUCGGGUAAAGUGGAUCGACACUGGCGUGUUCGUCCUCAAAGUUUGUUAUUUGUUCCACAAAAGUGUUACUUCCCCUCUGGCGGUGUCACUUUACGACAGCAACUUGUUUACCCAUUGAAGGCGCUACCUGUUGAGAAGGAUGUUGUGCGAUUAACGCAAAUUCUUGAAUGGGUAAAAAUGGAGCACUUACUGGAGCGUUGCCAGGGUUUCGAUCAUCCGGUGGAGUGGGACUGGAAUGAAACACUAUCGCCUGGUGAAUUGCAGCGGCUUUCAAUGGCACGUGUUUUCUACACAAAACCACGGAUUGUUUUCCUCGAUGAAGCUACUAGUGCAAUUGGAUUUGAGAUGGAGAUGCAGCUAUAUAGGAAAUUACAGGAGGUGUUUAUUUAUACCGAAGCACUUCACAAUUUUUUCACAUUUUCAUAUUCAAUUCUCUACUUGUGCACCUUCUCGGGCUUCGCUUUGAGCCUUUCAGAUUUUUCCUUUUCAUAUCUUCGGUGCGCCAUAUAG